UCUUCUCAGUCAUCACAGGAUGUUCAGCAAAAUAAAAGUAAUAGAAGGAAUGAUGGACAUCAACGAGCUCAUACAGGAAAGAAACCAUAUUCAUGCUCAGAAUGUGGAAAAUGUUUAAUUAAGAUAUCAAGUCUUGUUGAACAUCAGAAAAUUCACACUGGAGAGAAACCAUUUUUAUGUUCAAAAUGUGGUAAAUGUUUUAUUCAGAAAUCAGUUCUUGUUCAACAUCAAAGAACUCACACAGGGGAGAAGCCAUUUUCAUGUUCACAAUGUGGCAACUGCUUUACUAGGAAAUCAAAUCUUGUUCAACAUCAAAGAACUCACACAGGGGAGAAGCCAUUUUCAUGUUCAGAAUGUGGGAAAUGUUUUACUGAAAAAUCAGGUCUUGUUCAACAUCAAAGAACUCACACAGGGGAGAAGCCAUUUUCAUGUUCACAAUGUGGGAACUGCUUUACUAAGAAAUCAAAUAUUGUUAAACAUCAAAGAACUCACACAGGAGAGAAGCCAUUUUCAUGUUCAGAAUGUGGGAAAUGUUUUACUUGCAAAGGAGAUGUUACUCGACAUCAAAGAACUCACACAGGAGAGAAGCCAUUUUCAUGUUCAGAAUGUGGGAAAUGUUUUACUGAAAAAUCUAAUCUUCUUAAACAUCAGAAAACUCACACAGGAGAGAAUGCAUUUUCAUGCUCAGAAUGUGGGAAAAGUUUUACUGAGAAAUCACAUCUUGUUCAACAUCAAAAAACUCACACAGGAGAGAAGCCAUUUUCAUGCUCAGAGUGUGGGAAAUGUUUCACUGACAAAUCAGGUCUUGUUAAACAUCAAAGAACUCACACAGGGGAGAAGCCAUUUUCAUGUGCAGAAUGUGGGAAAUGUUUUACUCAGCAAUCACAUCUUGUUAAACAUAAAAUAACUCACACAGGGGAGAAGCCAAUUCAGAGCAAUAAAUGAUGCAGAUAACACAUCUAUAUAUUAACCCUGUACAUAGGAUAUCUGAGGUUUAUACAUUUAUAUCAUAUACUGCAUCUCCAAACUUGUUACCAAUUGAUAAUAAAAGUUUUCUUUUAG